AUGUACGUCCGAGGCAACCGGAGGGACUACGACAUGUGGGCUGCCAGGGGAAACCCUGGCUGGUCUUACAACGAAAUAUUACCAUAUUUUAGGUUAUCUGAAGACAACGAGACUCCAAAAUACCGAGCGGACCGGAUGUACCACGGCGUGGGAGGAUACCUCACUGUCGGGAUCUCCCCUUACCUUACGCCCCUGGCGAACGCCUUCGUCACCGCCGGCGAACAGAUGGGCUACCGGAACAUAGACUUCAACGCGGCCAACCAGACCGGCUUCAUGAUACCCGAGGCCACCAUUCGGAACGGCACUCGCUGCAGCACUGCCAAAGCCUUCCUUCGCCCGGCUAGGAACAGGCCGAACCUCAUCGUUUCUUAUUAUUCAACGGUCACGAGGAUCCUGAUUGGAGAAGUCAACAAAACAGCCUACGGUGUCCAGUUUUUGAGAAAUGGCACUUACUACACAGUAUAUGCAUCAAAAGAAGUUAUCGUUUGCGCUGGAAGCACCAAUUCUCCACAACUUCUUCUACUCUCUGGAGUCGGUCCGGAACAACAGCUGAAAAGUAUGAACAUCCCAGUGUACGCUAACCUACCAGUUGGACAGAAUUUACAAGAUCAUGCAGGAGUACCUUUAUUUUUCUUGGUGAACCAGAGUGUUACUAUAACAAGAAGGGUAUAUGAAAGUGGGAUGGCUAUUUUCGACUACGCUAUGGAAGUCAGUAGUCCAUUAUCUGAUCCAUUGGCAACAGAAACAAUAGGCUUCGUGAAUUCUCCGUACGCGAAUCCGAAUAUAGACUAUCCAGAUGUGGAGAUGUUGAUGUGUACCUCGCUACCGAAUCAUUUCAACGAAUUACAACUGUUCUACAUCGUGGUGUUGACUCUGCAUCCGAAGAGUGUCGGUAACAUCACCCUGGCUAGUUCGAACCCGUUCCAAGCCCCUCUCAUCAACCCUGGUUACUUCUCGGUGGCUUCGGACUACCCGAUGCUCGUCACGGCUACCAAGAUGGCUUACAACAUUUCCCUGACUCCAGCACUCCAGGCCUACAACAGCACCCUGUUCCUGCCGCUGUACCCUCAAUGCAACAGCCUCCCGUUCCUCUCCGAGGCCUUCUGGACCUGCCUGGUCAGCAACUACUCCACCACGGUCUUCCACGCGGGAGGAACCUGCCGCAUGGGCCCCUCCAGCGACCCCACGGCAGUUGUUGACCCGCACCUCCGAGUCCACAACAUAACUGGCCUCAGGGUCAUAGACGCCUCCAUCAUGCCGAUAGUGGUCAGUGGCAAUACCAACGCUGCCAUCAUAAUGAUAGGAGAAAGGGGAUCAGCCUUUAUAUACCAAGAUUACAACGUGAGGAACCCUACUCCCGCUACUUGA